AUGACCACUGCGCCGCCGGUGCAUGCUGUCCCAGAUAGUGGGAUACCCGGCCAUCUCGUCAACCUUCCUCGCUACCAUCCCAUUGCCAUGAACCCAAAUCCGCCGCCGCAUAUGCCGCCGCCAGAGAUGAUGCAGAAUCACCACUAUCCUACCCUCGAACACAUCGAAGCUCGUCUCCGGCAUUUAGAGCAUGAGGAAAUGGCCCGAAAUGCAACCCGGAGCCGCAUUUUGGCAAUGCGCAAGCAUGAGGACGAGGAAUUCCGAGCUAUGACCGAGCGGGCCGAGGCCGAGGAAGAGGAUCUUCGGAGGCAACGGAAGAAGCUGAAACGCGAGUCUAUGGGUCUGGGGCUCAACGCCGCGGCGGAUUCGCCGCCUCUACGCCCAACUCCUCCACGCCGACUAUCAGAGACCAGUGCUGCCACAACACUGGCAUUCUUCAAACAGCAAAGCCCCCCAGAACCCCGCCAGGCACCUCUUCCACCUUCAUCUCAGGCACCUCCCAUGCCACCACCACACAUGCACGCUCAACCUCAUCACCAAGCUCCCCCACCACCCCCGCCAUCUCACCAAAUCGUCUCUCAUGACUCAUUACAUAACGGCUCCAUCCGCCGGAAGCAAAAAUACACCAUCAAAAACGUAGAAGCAUGGGGCGAGCGCCACGGCCGCCCCGCAGCACACGAUCCCUCCGGACGGGCAUUAUGGAAAAGACCCUCCGACGGAAGUUUGGUAUAUCUAACAUGUCCCAUCCAAGGAUGCGGCAAAUCCGACUUCGUUACCCUCCACGGCUUCAUGUGCCACCUCACCAAGAAACACAAGGACCGCACUCUGGGCAGCCAAUCCCGCGCCCUAGAAGUCUGCGGCGUAGUCUUCGACCCCAACGCCCCUCUCCCCCAGUCAUGA